GCGCCGCUGGCGUCCCAACAUGGCGGCGGCGGGCGGUGCGGCGCUGCCGGUGCUGCCCCUGCCCCUGCUGCUGCUGCUGGCGGCGGCGGCGGCGGCGCGGCUGUACCGGCCGGGGGAGGACCCGCUGACCGUGCUGGCGGCCGGCUCGGUGCGCCAGGCGCUGCUCAACUCCUCGGCCGCCUGGGUGGUGCAGUUCUACAGCUCGUCCUGCGGCCACUGCAUCGCCUUCGCCCCCACCUGGCGGGCGCUGGCGGGGGACGUCAAAGACUGGGAAUCUGCAAUUCGAGUUGGUGUGCUGGAUUGUGGAGAAGAAGAGAACUAUGAGACGUGCAAAGAAUAUGGGAUUCACUAUUACCCAACUUUUCGGUACUUCAAAGCAUUUACAAAGCAGUUUACUACUGGAGAAAAUUACAAAGCAGGAGCAGAUCGAGAGCUGCAAACUGUUCGUCAGAUGAUGAUUGACUUCUUGCAGAACCAUUCCCGAGAGCUGAGGCCGCCUGCUUGUCCACCUCUGGAUCCAGUUUCGCCCAGUGAUAUCACUUCUCUCUUUGACAAGAGCAGCCAGCGUUACACUGCAGUCGUGUUUGAAAGCAAUAACUCCUAUGUUGGUCGAGAGGUUAUCUUAGACUUGAUCCAAUAUGAAAACAUUGUUGUAAAGAGAGCGCUGAAUUUCGAUAAGCCUUUUCUGGAGAAACUGGGUGUUACCUCAGUCCCUUCGUGCUAUCUGAUACAUCCAAAUGGGUCCCAUGGAUUAAUUAACAUUUUGAAGCCUCUACGAUCUUUCUUUUCUUCGUAUUUAAAGUCACUGCCAGGUGUAAGAAAAAAACUCCUUUUGCCACUUCAGCUCCCUGUGCAAGAAAACAAAGAGAAGAGUACAGAAAUCAAGGUGUGGAAAGAGUUCGAUAAGUCCAAGCUGUACAUGGCCGACCUUGAGUCGGGAUUGCAUUACCUGCUCCGGGUAGAGCUCGCUGCGCACAAGGCACUUGAGGGAGCUGAGCUAAAGACCUUCAAGGAUUUUGUUACCAUCUCUGCCAAGCUUUUUCCUGGCCGUCAGCCUGUGGUAAAGUUGUUAGAGACCUUGCAAGAGUGGCUGGUGAGCCUUCCAUUAGACAAAAUCCCUUAUGAUGCUAUCCUGGAUCUGGUCAACAACAAAAUGCGGAUUUCUGGGAUAUUCCUCACUAAGAAAGUCCAGUGGGUGGGAUGCCAGGGCAGCAGACCAGAGCUGAGGGGUUACACCUGUUCCCUUUGGAAGCUGUUUCACACCCUGACCGUCCAAGCUGCGCUGCGACCAAAAGCUUUGAUAAAUACAGGUCUCGAGGACAACCCCCAAAUAGUCCUUCAGAUCAUGCGCAGAUACAUUCAGCACUUUUUUGGGUGCAAGGCGUGCGCUCAGCAUUUUGAAGAGAUGGCGAAAGAGUCCAUGGAUUCUGUGAAAAGCCUGGACAAGGCUGUUCUGUGGCUCUGGGAGAAACACAACGUGGUGAACAACCGGCUGGCAGGUGAUUUGACCGAAGAUCCAAAAUUUCCCAAAGUUCAGUGGCCAACUCCAGACAUUUGUCCUGCAUGUCAUGAAGAAAUUAAAGGAUUACAUAGCUGGAAUGAAGCCCAAGUUCUACAGUUCCUGAAGUAUCACUACAACAGUGAAAAUAUUCUAUAUAAAUACACCGAAAGCCAGACUGACCCCAGUGAAACUGAGCAGGGAGAUCCAAGGGAGGUGAAAGACAAAAGCCUACUGAAGAAUCCGAGUGGAAACAGAGAAAAUAAGAUCCAGGAUAAAGAAAACGUAGCCGAUUCGGAAUCAAAGGUGUUUGAUAAGCUAAUAGCAAAUCACGGACCCGCCAAAGAGAGCGGUAAAAGUGCGGGUGGGUCCGCUGGCCUCAAGGAGACGAAGCAGGCGGUGUCGAUCCUGGGGAUCGGCUUCUCCAACAUCGACAUGAGUCUGUGUGUCAUACUGUACGUGGCAUCAUCCUUGUUUUUAAUGAUCAUGUACUUUUUUUUCCGAAUGAGAUCUAAACGGUGGAAAGUGAAGUAUUACCGCUCGUCUGUAUAGAAGUUUAAAUCGGAAACAGAGUUUUCGUUGUGGCUGUUCAGUACCAGAUACAGCUUUAAUAUUUAUGAUCAGGGAUUUUAUACAGUAUUCCUUGUUUAAAACCCCUUUCUGCCCAAGUUGUUUCACAAGUGUUCUAGCUUGAUACGCGGAGCUGCCUGUAAGAACCCUCGUCUCUAGCACCAUAAAUGUCACUGAAGUAAGCAUGACGUUUGUCAGUUAAGAUUUUUCCAUGACUUACCACCUACAUCCGUUACUCAUUUUCAGAGUAAACAUUACAUUAUGCAAUCGACUCUGCCUGGUUUUAGAAGGAAAUUGGAUAUUGGUUUGUGUACUUCAAGUGGUUUUUUAAUCUAUCCAGAGCUGAUUUACCUGCCGGAGUACUGAACAGAAAUGCUGUUACCUUGGCUGCUUCAUUUGGAGAAGCAAGAAUUGCCUUUUCUUUUUUUCAGGAAACAAGAGUCCUAUUCUGAUCAAUUCUAAACCUACACGACUUUCUCAAAUAGUAUUUACACUGCAUAUUUAAAGUAGGAAGCAUUACACCUUCAGAUAAGUCUUCCAUUCUCCCCUGCGUUCCAGCUUAGGAGUGUGUGUCUCUGCUAGGAUGGAAGAUUUAGACGGUUUGUAUUCAAUAAGCAGCGUGGUUGCGAUUGCUAAUGCUGGCGUCUAUUUUAACGGAGUUUGAUGUAAGCAAGGACAGACUCAGACUCUACUGGAUGUGUUGUUGGAGCAUUAGAUAACUCACCUCACUCAUUUAGGAACCAGAAAAGUAGCUGAGUAAUGACUAUGUUAUCCAGAUGGAAGCCAAUUCUGUUGAGUUCCAGUAAAGGGAAACACUGUUUUUAGUGAAGAAGCCUGAGAUUUGCAUCGGUGUAUCAGAACAAAUUUACACACCUGGAAGUACUAAGUUUCUGGUGAUGUUGGAUAACUUUGUCACUAUAUCAUAGUUGUUCUUCCUGUGAGGUGGCAUAAACACUUCAGCGGGCAUUCCCAGCUGGGAGCUCACAGAGCAUCCUGUCUGUGCAGUACUUAGGAGAACAGCCCAUUUCUCUUGCUGGCGCUUCUCUGUUUGGGUCGAGAAGGGUUUGACUAACGGCUCCGUCCUGGGAUGUGGCAGCACCUGGGAAUGCGGCGCUUGCCCUUGCGGGUCUGUCUGGGCUCCUGGCUGGCAGCAAUUAGAGGAAACCAUGAACCCGGUUAUAAAAUUACCAUUGGGAAUAGGAGUUCCUUUCUGACCCUGGCUGGGGGAGAUCAUUCACGUCCUGGAUAGUGAAGUUUAUAAUCCUAUCCAAUGUAAUUGAGCAUGUUCUAGUUAUCCAUUACCUAAUCUUUAGUUAAUCCUAAUAGGUUUUGGCCUCAAUGUUUUCUUGUGGCGGUGAGUUCUACAGAUUAAUUAUGUUAUAUAAAAAGGCUUUUCCUUUCAAUUCUACAUUUGCAACCUUUAAUUUAAUUGAGUGUUCCCUAGCUCUUCUGUUAUGCGAGAAGGAAUAAAUAGUCUCUGGCCAAUUCAUUGUAUUUAUACUAUUAGUGUGUCCUCCUCUUAUUUCCAUCCUAAGUUCUAGCAUUCAAAGUUUAAAGCCCAGCAACAGGAAUGUUCUGAAAGCACAAAAACUCAACGGGGAUAUUUUUUCAUAAUCAAAUCUGGUUUGUUCACAAAACUGGAUGUUUCCGACAUAAGUUUCAGCAGCUUCCAAUUGGAAUAACAACAUUGAGCUUCAAAGAUUUACUCUCCUUCCUUAAGUUCAUCAAAAUAACAUACGUAUAAAGUAAGAACCUUUGGUGGUUAUUGUAAAUGUGUGUCAUUCACACGACACCGUGAGUCUGAUGUAGGUAGAGGCGCAUUAUCUGGGGGGUUUUAAGGCGUCUUCGCUGGUAAUUGUGUGCGGUUGCUCCAGUGUGAGCAACGUGACUCCUGCUCUCUCUGAGACGCUGGAGAUGGGACGGGAGCACCUGCGGCCGACUGCGGCUGCCUCUGUCUGCUUGUGGCUUUCACUCUGUUUGGACAUGUCUGCGACAUUAGGUCAGUCUGUGCUUUUGAAGGGCUCUCACUGUUCAAGAGUUCUGCCACAAGGAGCCACCAUGGGUCUUCAUUUUCUUUAGGAAUUUGUCAGAGUCUCCACAAUUACCUUUACAGCACCUGGGCUUGAAUAUGAGAACAAUUUGUAAGUAACUAUAAAGAUAGAGAAUGGGUGGUGGAAGGUGCAGGCUGGGUCACUGGUGCCACUUUGCACUGAUUCCAGUGAGAGGUCCCAGGAGGAGGUUAGUUAGGAAAGGCCAGAGUUUCCAAAUUUAGCUUUGAAAAUCAGACAUUUUUAGGUGACCUGACUCAUUCUGGUUAUUUUCAUCUGUGCAUGAAAACAAAAGGCUUUGAAGGUUUGUACGGAUGAUUUUGCCGUUACAACAGCAGCAAAUGUGGCUCUGGAAUACGGCAUUUGUUUUGCUACACACCAUUAGCUUUCACGGUACUGUGACCCUGCUGGAAAUGUGACAAAAUGAGCCAAUCUCAAGCCUCCGAUGCUCUGGGUUUGUUUCCUAAGUGUAAAAGCGUAAAAUCGGGAUGUUGCUGAUCCGUGUUGGUGCUCUGACUCCAUUGCCAGUUACCUGGCCGAGGCUUUCACUUCAAUUGCGAGCAGUGACCUCAUCUGGAAAACUUCUCUUGACUUUGAAUUCAGUUGUAUAAAUCUUCAUUUACUUGUUCUUAUUUUCUGUCUUUAUAAUGACAAACUACAUCCUUUCAUGUACCCUGACAUGAAGAUGUGUCUGCAGGGGAAUGUGUGGCGCUGCUUUGCUGCGGCGCGUUGUUGGCGGGUGAGUUACAUGAAGGUGUUUCCUUUUAAAAUUGCCUCAAACCACCGUCUCCUCAGCCCUGGAGGUUUUAUUUGUGUCUUGUGCUGUACCACAGGAGUUUCUGCGAUGCCACUUGCAUUUGUGGCUCGUACCACGCUGGCGGCCGUCAUUGCCGAGGAGGAUUUCUUGGCCCUUUGUAAUUCACGGAGCCUUCUUUGCUCAGCAAAUGGUUUUAAAGAGGAAACAUUAAACCUGCAUAGAAGAUGACAUGAGUACUGUGGAAUGUGCCAGGAUAGAAAGAAAACUGCAAAGUGCUAAAGCGACUUAAUGAAGUUAUUCUUGAGAACGCUUGAUUUUUGAUUUCCAGCAAUGUAUCUGUCCUGCUAUUCCUGCUCAGAACCAGAUGGGACCUCCCGUCGUAGCAGGAGGUCUGAGGUGUCUCCUCUGGGUCUGUACGUUGCAUAUGAGGUGUUGAAAAUAGUGUAACACUUCAGUAAUUUAAAUGUUUUAUUUAUUUUCAUUCAGUAACUUGACAUUUUCAAGUAUGUUCUGUUUUGUUUGGGUUUUUUUACUCAGUCUCAUACCUCUCUAGGAAGGAAAAGUGACCGUUUUGUACUAAACUGUAAGCUAAUGUGCUUGUUUAAAAUAAAUUGCAAACAUUUGGGCAAA